AUGGAAUGCGUCAACUUCAAGCCUUUCUCAGACCCGCAUGAGUUCAGUGAACUGAUAUCAGAAACUCCAGAUCUGUUCUCCUUUGACUGGCUGCAGAAAACAUUGGAUUUGGAAGUGGUUUGCAAGGACACGACAAAGGAAGAGGUUGGGAUUUCAACCCCGCCGAGUCUUGAACAAGCUAUCCGGAAAUGUGCGAGGAUCAACUCCCCAAAUUCCCCGAAUUUCCUCUGCCCGCCCGCCGACUAUAGUUGGACUGGUUGGAUGGGAUUAGCUAUCGAUGACUUGAAAAAAGAAGUUACAAUCAAAACUGAAGCAAAGUGUGAUGGUCCAUUGUUUUCCAUCCUCGGUCAAGGCUUGGCCGCUGACGGCCACCGCCGCGUUCUUGCGCAUCGUCUCUUUCGACAUAGGCCAGAUCACUGGGGCAUUAUGAUCCGAGAUCACUCACCAUUGAACCAGCACAAGAGCUGUAGGGAUUAUCUUCUUCGAAGUGAAAUAAUGGGAAUCACUUCGAUCAUAUACCGCCAGAUGAAUGAAGUACGCUGGGACCCCUCGAAAUCCAAAUAUACGGAGCCGGAAUUAAUAUACUCGGGUGGUCCUUUAGUCAUGGAUGCAACGCUGACAUUCUUCUUGGCCACGGUUGUGACCUUUAUUCCCGGCAAAGUACGGGUGGUUCAGGCGACUUGUGAUCCAUCAAACGCAUCCACCUCCCUUACGUUCGCACUGAGAGCUUUUUAUAAUUUUAGCAUGUCUUGCUAUGACAAGACCACUGCUCAGAAGGUUCUGAAAUGGGUUCUUUGCCCGCCAAACCCGGCUCAGGGUCCGUGGAGAGGAAAGACAGCAUAA